AUGAAACGACUAAUAAUAAGCAGAUGGCUGCUUUUCAGUGGCUUGGGCAUGGUGGUUCCAUCUGUCCAGGCUGCAAUCGGUUCAUGUUCUGACACCGAAAAGUGCGACACUGGCUGUUGUUCAAAAGCCGGUUACUGUGGCUUUGGCCCUGACUUCUGCGGCGACGAUGUCUGCAUAUCUACCUGCGAUGCGGUGGCCGAGUGUGGCAAGUAUGCUGCAACGCCAGGGAAAGAAUGUCCGUUGAAUGUUUGCUGUUCUGAAUUUGGAUUCUGUGGUACGACUGAAGAGUUUUGCGGAGCCAACUGCCAGAGUGGAUGCGACACACUCAAGCGGCCAUCCUGCUCUGGAACAUCAAGCGAAGCCAUCUACGUUGGCUACUAUGAGGGAUGGAAUUCCCAACGGCUGUGCGAUGUCCUUCUACCAGAGAAUAUAAACACCAGCCCCUGGACGCACCUUUACUAUUCAUUCGCAGGAAUCGAUCCGUCUACACACACUCUCACUACGACCAGUGACAAUGAUGUGGACUACUGGGCUAAAUUCAGUGCUUUAAAGCAAAAGAAGCCUUCACUAAAAGUGUACAUCUCUGUCGGAGGUUGGGAUGUUGGUGGAAAGGUCUUUUCCGACAUGGUCCGCCUCCCCGGCUCUCGUAAGGUGUUCAUUGAGUCUGCCAUUGCUAUGAUGUCUCAGUUUGACUUUGACGGCAUUGACAUCGAUUGGGAAUACCCUGCGGCCGAUGAUCGCGGGGGCGCGGCAGAAGACACUCAAAACCUGGUCAAGUUCCUUUCUGAGCUCAAGACAGCCCUUGGAGGUAAAUAUGGCCUGACAGCUACAUUGCCAUCUUCAUACUGGUACCUGAAGGGAUUUGAUAUUGUUGGCAUGGAGCAAUAUGUUGACUGGUUCAAUUUCAUGGCGUAUGAUAUCCAUGGAACUUGGGAUGGCCAGAGUCAAUGGACGAGUUCUGCCGUCAAUCCUCACACAAACCUGACAGAGAUUUCCAAUGGACUUGAUCUCUUGUGGCGCAAUAGCAUCAACCCCAGCAAGGUUCUGCUGGGCUUGAGUUUCUAUGGCCGUGGCUUCACUUUGGCCGACCCUAACUGUAACAGGCCAGGCUGUGCGUUUAAUAGUACCAGGAACGGCGGGGGCUCCAAUGCUGGUCAGUGUACCCGCACCAGCGGCUUCCUUUCAGACUAUGAGAUUAGCCGUGUUAUCGGCAACUACGCUCUCGACAUGCAGUACGACGAGACAGCUGGUGUAAACUGGAUCACAUGGGAUGGGAAUCAAUGGGUUUCGUUUGACAACGGCCGCACUCUGAAACAAAAGGCCGACUUUGCCAACAAUAGAUGUCUGGGAGGGUUGUUUAGCUGGGCUCUCGACCUUGGAGGGCCUGGUUCCCUGAAAAACCCUAACAGCAUAAGUCCAGAUGAUUUGAGUAUGGACGGCGCCAAUGUUGAAGGAGGCAGCGAUGGCACUGGUCUGCUCUACGUGGGCCAGGACGUACUGGGUAAUUCGCCUACCGUUACUGCCAUUGCCCCGGUCAGCAUCAUCUUCCCCAAGUCCGUUCUAAAAAGCCCGACUACUAUUGAUUUUGGUGGCGGGUAUCCAACCUCCCUCGAGAUAGCGUGGAGCACCACCAAAGCUAUUACUUCUGGUAACAUCACAACUGCCACAUCUACUAUUACGCGAUACAUUAUGACCACUACUAUCCCUUUGGUGCCGAUUACUACUGGUGUAAUCAACUAUCAUAACUGGAACAUUAGUGAUGGUGUUACUUCCAGUAUUGGAACCCUCAUUCCUCGCAUUGAGAUUCCACCGGUUGUGGUUACAGAUAAUCCUAACCCACUAAAUCAGACAGGCGUUACCCACUUUCCUCCUGUCACCCGCACAGUUAGUAUUCCGCCGUGGCCUUGGACUACCGGUGGUACAAAAUAUUCCCUUGUUACCUUCACUCAGGGCGACCCUCCUGGCCCAACAUGCACGGCCAACUGUGGAAAUAAAUGCUACAGCUUCUGCAGUGGACCUUGCCUAUCUGACUGUGGCAAGGAGAGCUCUUCGAGCUUUAUUGAUCCUCUAGAUACCGACCAUCCCUCAGUCGCCAAGUGCUCUGGUCCUGACUGUGUGAAUGGAAACUGUGUUGGACCCGGUCUCUGCAUCGAGAGAGGUUGUACCGGAAAGGACUGCAAGGACCAGAUCUGUGUAGGAGAUGAGUGCAUCCCCACUGCGUGCACAGGUGACGGGUGCGACCAUGGGCACUGUAUUCAUGAACCUUGUCAGGAUCACGGAUGUGUCGGCAAUGAUUGCCAUGACAGUCACGAUGACGAUGACGAUGGUGGUGGAUCUAAAGGCUCAGGCCGGUGCUUCGGUUUCGGGUGUCUCUCUUGGGGUUGUGUGGGCCUGGACUGCUCCAGCACUGGAUUUACCUGCAGCGGCCCUCUCUGUCACAUUGUGACGUGCUCAGGCCCCGGUUGCACUAAUGGUGUCUGCACAGGGCCUGGUUGCAAGUCUGAGGACAGUGACUGCGAGAGCAAAGAGGCGGACACCUGUACUGAAUGGAUCUCGAGCGAGCUGGUCACGCCGGCAUCAACCUAUUCCACCACGACGGUGACCAGCCACUGCGAAACCAUUACGGCCUGCGCUGUUCAGCCGACUACCACCACUAGUACUGUUGAUAGUAAUGGAUUAAUCGAAGGCACAGUAUCCGAUAUUGAAACUUGGGGGGACGAAGACCCGGAGCUCACUAGUUGGCUCGCUGAGCAGAUGACCAGCUUUUACUCGACAGCAUUCGCCUCAACUACCACCACCACCACCACCACCACCACUACUACAACUACUACAACUACUACAACUACUACAACUACUACUACUAUGAUGACCAGCACCAAAACUACCACUACGAGCUCGGCCGCGCCAAAGCCCACGGCUGCUGACGGCUGCAUGUGUGUGUUGGAGCAAAUGUGACCCGGUAACUGGCAAGCCAAUUGGUGGAGGCUGGUCAGAAGGCG